AUGCAAAGCGAAUAUAUAUCAGAUAUUAACAUCGAAUCAUAUGGUGAAUUGUACGUACACCUCCGUAAUAACUUUUCUAUUCCAACAACGGUUGUUGCUUAUAUAAACUGAUUGAACCAAACCAAAGUCAGACCGAACUAAUAUACGCUGUUCAGAAUAAACGUUUUGAACCAACGACGCAUUGCAAUUAAAGAGGAAAAAGACGAAGCCGUAAGAACGUAUGUGAUUAACUUACGCAGAGAAAUCGGUAUAUUUGUGAUUCCAAGUCAACCAAGAACACUGAUAGAGGUGCAAAUUCGUGCAAGCGACAUAGAGCUUUGAAAGCUAAUAAAAACACAGAAAAAAAGACCAGUUUCAGUCGACCAGUACCAACGCAACACAGUGAUUCGUCGCAAAAAGCAUCGCGCCUAUGCAACAGAAUUCAAGAAUCCCAUCUCACCAUGAUACGUCAAGAAACAAAGAUAAAAUGUAUCAAAUGCAACAAAAUUGGACAUAUAGCAAACAACUGUUUCGCUCGAAAUUUUCCAACGCGGAAAACUACCACCACCAAGAGUGAACACGACACAACAGAGAAACCACAAGAAUCAACUGCAUCAACAGGAGAUCGCUACGAAUACGAUGCCAGCUACCAGGAAUGCUUAGAACAGGAACAAUGCUCAUGGACAUCGAAGCAGGAAUUAACCUACUCAAACGAGGAAUAA